GUACACACCUUGUCUCCGAUAAGAAACAGUUUUUGUAUUGUGUGCUAUUCUUUUCAAAUUAAAUUAAAUUCUUUCAUUGGCUUUUAUAAUUUCAACAACGCGCACAGCUAACUGCAUGUAAAAAAACAAUAGCCGUGCACAGGCAACGCACGCUUACGUCACCAUGAGCUACGAAGACGAAGACUACCCCGUCGACUCAUUCCCAAAAGAUUUUGGCUAUGGCGCCUACGAUCAGGAUGGUUUGGAACUGGAGCCAAAUGCAUCGAGCAAUAGCGAAACAAAACCGCGCAUUUUAUUGAUGGGUCUGCGACGGUCAGGCAAGAGCUCCAUACAGAAAGUCGUCUUCCAUAAGAUGUCACCGAAUGAGACGCUGUUCCUCGAAUCGACGAGCAAAAUUGUUAAGGAUGACAUCAACAAUUCCAGUUUUGUACAGUUUCAAAUUUGGGAUUUCCCAGGACAAAUUGAUUUCAUUGAGCCCACAUUCGAUUCGGAUAUGAUAUUCGGUGGCUGUGGCGCGCUCGUCUUCGUCAUUGAUGCCAAGGACGACUACAAUGAAGCGCUGACCAAGUUCAAGAAUACGGUCAUCAAGGCAUAUAAAGUAAAUCCACGCAUUAAAUUCGAGGUCUUCAUACACAAGGUUGAUGGCAUCAGCGAUGAUUCUAAAAUGGAAUCGCAACGUGAUAUACACCAGCGCUCAUCGGAUGACCUCAGCGAGGCGGGCCUCGAUCAGAUACAUCUAAGUUUUCACCUGACUUCGAUAUAUGAUCACUCAAUAUUCGAGGCAUUCUCAAAAGUUGUGCAGAAACUGAUACCACAGCUGCCGACGCUUGAGAAUCUGUUAAACAUUUUCAUACCAAACUCUGGCAUUGAGAAAGCAUUUCUCUUUGAUGUCGUAUCGAAAAUCUAUAUAGCAACGGAUUCAUCACCAGUUGACAUGCAAGCCUACGAACUAUGCUGUGACAUGAUUGAUAUGGUCAUCGAUCUCUCCAGCAUCUAUAGCUCCGAGGAAACUGCAUUUGACAGUGGCAGUUCUAGUCUGAUUAAACUGAACAACAAUACGAUACUCUAUAUGCGAGAGGUGAACAAGUUUUUGGCUCUGGUCUGCAUACUACGCGAAGAGAAUUUCAAUCGGCAGGGCGUCAUUGAUUAUAAUUUUAUUUGCUUUCGCGAUGCCAUCAGCGAGGUGUUUGAACUGCGUCUGAAGCGCCAGAAGCAGCUGGAGAAUGCCGAGCAGGAUGAAGAUGAGUUGGGCGAGGAUCAGGGCAUUACAAUUGGCCGCUUGAAUCAUGAGAACGAUACGGCUGUGGUGUCGAGAGCUGCAAAAAUGACAUGAGCAUUAUUCCGGUGACCUUAAGUUCUGUGUGCUGAGCUAUCGCUUAAUUUCUUCCCAUAUACUUACACUUGUACACACGAGCAACAACAAUACUGAUAACAACACUAAUUUGUCACUUAUACAUUUUUUUUAUUUUAUCCAAUUUUUAUGUUUCUUCUAUAUAACUAUCUUUGUUCUAUAUUGUUAAUUGAUUUGUUUGGCCUCUUCGCUGCUCAUUUCAACGCCAGAAAACAACUUCCCAGCGUUUAAAAUAACUACAACAAUAAUAUGUAUAUUUUUAAAUAAAAUUAUAUUAAAUUGAACAUUUACGGUGUGAUAUUUAUACAU